AUGGACUUGUGUCAAGCAUCACGCCCUACUUCGCGCCGCGGCUUCGAGAUUGCCAUCAUCUGCGCCCUCACCCUGGAGGCCGAUGCCGUUGAUGCGCUCUUCGACAUGUAUUGGGAUGACGAUGGCCCGCCCUUUGAUAAGGCGCCGGGCGAUCCCAACGCCUACUCCAUGGGCGCCAUCGGCCGCCACAACGUUGUUCUCGCACAUAUGCCCAGCAUGGAAAAGGCCAAUGCUGCCAUGGUGGCGAGUUACUGCCGGAUGAGUUUUCCAAGUGUCAAGCUCAUUCUGCUGGUUGGUGUCUGUGGUGUUGUUCCCUUUGGACCCAACAAUGAUGAGAUUGUGCUUGGGGAUGUUGUUGUUAGUGAUGGUAUCAUCCAGUAUGACUUUGGGCGGCGGCUUCCAGACCAAUUCAAGCGAAAAGACACGCUGUUAGAUUCUCUAGGACGACCAAGCCUUGAAAUAAGGGGUUUGCUGGCGAAACUCAAGGGGCUGAGGGGCCGCAAGAAACUCGGCACUGCCAUGGCCAAGUACCUCGGCGAACUGCAAAGGGAGCCGCUCCUAGCUGCUCAGUACCCGGGUAUAAUACACGACAGGUUGUUUGAGGCUGCAUAUCGCCAUGUCGGAGGCCAGGCGACGUGUGAGCAACUUGGAUGUGAUGGGAAUCUGACACCCCGUCAACGCCUCCAUGCCAGUCGAGGGGACCUUGAGCCCGCUGUGCAUUUUGGUCUGAUUGCCUCUGGUGACUCGGUUAUAAAAUCUGGCCAAGAGCGAGAUGCUAUCGCGGCCAAGGAAGGUGUCAUUGCGUUUGAGAUGGAGGGUGCUGGCGUCUGGGAUAGCUCUCCUUGUGUCGUGAUCAAAGGCGCGUGCGACUAUGCAGACAGCCAUAAAAAUAAGCUGUGGCAACACUACGCCGCGGCGACGGCGGCGGCUUGUAUAAAGGCACUCUUGAGCUACUGGGUGUCUUCAACACCCGAUGUAACCGAUAUAGUUCCCAUGCCGCAGUCAGAAGACGAUGAGACUUCACUUGGCCGCAGCACAGCCCUCAAGAAGCCCCCGACGUCCCGUAAUGGCGCUAAGCCGGUCGUUCUUCGAGGCGGUUCCGCCAUUGGAGGAGACGCAGUUAAUGAUGAUCUGGGAGGCACAGCCGAGGGCGGCUGCGCUGCUGGAGGCGACGUUAAAAUCUCGUCGCCCUCUUACUGGGGCGCGGCGUCGCUGGUGGGAGGAGAUGGUACAGGAGGGAAUGCGGUUGGUAGCAGGUCAGUUGGGGGCAGCGCCGUUGGUGGAAACGUGCGAUGGAUGUGCUCCGAGGCCAUGGUAUAA